GGAACCUCUCCCAGGAUGCAGAGCCUCUGCGGGGCGUGCCCCGCCUCUCGGCCGCAUUCAGGGCGGCGAGACUGGGGCGGAGCCAGCACCGGCGCGCGUCCUUUCUCCUCCAGCGCGGCUGGCACGCUCGCCAACGCCCCUGGUUCCUCCUCCGUACUUGGGUUCUACUUGGGUUCUCUCUCUCUCUCUCUCUCUCUCUCUCUCUCUCUCUCUCUCUCUCCCUCCCUCCCUCCCUCCCUCUCUCCCUCCCCCCUCUCCCGCCCCCUCUGUCUCCCUUUCUCCCUCCCUCUCUCCCCCCUCCCUCCCUCUCUCUCCCUUUCUCCCUCUCUCUCUCUCUCUUCUUCCGCCGAGAUCUCUUCCUCCCCCUCGAAACGCGUCUGUGGUGUCUCCCGCUCCCCUCCCCCCCCCCCCCCCCCCCCCGAAUCUUCACUCGUUUCUUAUCGACUCUCUUUUUUUGUCUCUUUCCGUUGUUUGUUUUUCCUGGCGUUUUCCCCGGCGUUUCCCCCGUUUCUCGUAAACCUUGCCGCCCGUGAGCAGCCAGAUUGCCUCGCUAAAAUCGACCUCAUUACCUUCUAUCCCACCCACGGCUGCACGACACUGGCCAAGGAAAUCUUUGCGAUAAGAACUAACGCUACGCUCACUCUCCAGUGCCCAGGCUACUCAGGAACGCAGAUAAAUAAUACCCAGGCAAAGAAGAAAAGAAAGAAAAGACAAGUUACAACAAAUAAAUGCCGGAAACAAGUCUCACACUUAAUGGAAUUGUGGCGUCGAUUCAGUCGCAUUUCAUAGAAACAAAAUACACCUUCCUUCAGGCUGUAUUUCACCCCAACAAAAUAAAUCAUCUUUAUU